CGCUGGACACCGCAUUUGAGAGCAAGGAACCUUAAGAAGCGAUUUUUAAUCGCUUCAAUAGCUUCAGUGGGACCAGACAUGUAGGGAGACCAAAUGACAGAAUUAUAUUCAAGUACCGAGCGGACAAAUGCACAAUACAGUGAUUUUAGGGCUAUUGGAUUAUUGAAAUCAGAACACAUYCUACAUACAAAACCUAACAUUGAAGAUGACUUGUUUAUGACAUGUGCAUAGUGAUAAUUGAAUGAUAAGGAAGAGUCAAAAUGAAUACCAAGAAUAUGUCAUAACUUUACAUUUAUCAACAUUGAAGUACAKUUUAUUAAGAAUAUACCAAUUAUUGAGAAGAUUAAGGUCAUUCUGGAGCAAGUCUGCAUCACAAAGAGAUUUAAUUAUUCGGAAUAUUUUUACAUCGUCUGCAAAAAGUAGUAAGCGGGAAUUUGUAACUUUUAUAUCGUUUACAUAUAUAUUGAAUAAAAAGGGAUCUGAUCAAGGUGAGAACCCUGUGGCAUCGCAUAUUGGUGACUCAAUUUUUUUUACUUUAACAUAUUGUUUUCUUCCAGAAAUAAAAGAGAUUAACCAAGAAUGAAAAGGAUUACGAAAACCUAAAUUGUGUAAUUUGGCUACGAGAAUGUCAUGGUCUAAUUUAUCAAAUGCCUUAGAGAAAUCUGUGUAAAUUACAUCUACCUGACAAUUCGUAUUCAAAGCAUCUAAUAUGUAAUUUUGGAAUAUUAGUAAAUUAGUAGUAUGAGUUUAUAAUGAAAAUAAAAUACUGUAYAACA